UGUGUGUGUGUGUGUGUGUGUGCAAGCGCGCGAGUGAGGGAAAAGCAUAUUUCCAUGGUGUGCCAUCAAGGUCAUGGGCUAGCCUCCAGGACUCAAUUCUCUGAUUCUAUCAAGUGGGUCUCAAGGAUUGAACUCAAGCCAUUAGGCUUGUUGGCAGGAACCUUUAUCCCCUGAGCCAUGUCACCAACCCAGCAAAGUGUUUUGCUCUUUACUUUUUUUUUCAAUAUUUUUAAAAGAUUAAUUUAUUUUUAUGUGUAUGAUAAAUGUUUUGUCUUUAGGUGUAGAAGUUCACCGUGGGAUUGGAGGCCAGAAUUUAAUUAAUUCAUUUUGUUACUUUCUGUCAACACUUAUUUCUGAAAACCACACCAUUUAGUAUUAAAAUUACUGAAUUUAAGUGGAGAUACUUUGAAAUACAUAAAAAUAAUUCAUGUUGAAAUUAUUUUUUUACUUUAAAAUUUUUCAUUCUUGUCUAAGAUCUAUUUUUAAUUUUUUUAAUGUUUCUCUUCCUAUUUUGGAAAACCUCUAUAAAGACUUGGAUUUUUUUAAAAUCUCAAAUUAAAUGGAACACAUUUAUGGGUUAGUCCUAAAUUAUCUUAAAAUGUGGCAAUAUUCCCUCAUCGUUUUUUCCUUUGUAACUGUCAUGUAGUGUAGAGAGACAUGGAAAAAGGAAGUUCAAGGUGCCUGUUGACAGAAUGUUCAUCAGGCUUUGGUACUUUGGGAUCACUGUAGAUUUACUGUUAAGCCUGUUCUGUAUACAUUUUAAGAUUUUUUUUAAAGAUUUGUUUAUUUUAUGUGUAUGAGUGUUUUGCCUGCAUGUAGGUUUGUGCACCACAUGUGUGCUUGGUGCCUGAGGAAGUCAGAAGAGGGUGGCAGAGUCCCUAGACCUGGAGCCACAUGCAGUUGUCAGCAACUAUAUUCAUGGUGUUGCUAUCUAAAAUUGAGAGAUCAUCAGAAAAAACCAUGGAGAUAAUGAAAAAUUUAAGAAGUAUACAGGCUUUGGAGAACAACAGACAACUUGAAGAUCUCAUUGGUGUUUCCCUAGCGCCAUGUUCUUUAAAAAGAGAAGUGGAGAAAACCAGAGAGCUAAUGACAAAAGUAACAAAACAAAAAUUGUUUGAUAAGAAGAAUUCAAGAAUUCAUCCCAAAGAACAUCAUCUUGACAGCUUUGAAUUCUUGAAAGCCAUUUUGAACUGAGUGUUCCCUUCAAGUCUGACAACUGUGCAUUAGUCAACCGGGAAGAAUGCAGUCCAGACUGAAAUGAAGAGUCAGUGAAAGUUAAGUAUUUGUGAAUUUUUCUAAAUAGGAAAAAAAUAAAGGAAUCCAUUAUACACUGCCUUUUUAUGCAAAA